AGAGAGAGAGAGACAGACAGAGAGAGGAACUGCUUCAUUGAUGAGUCGCUUUGCUGUUCGACCACAGAGUUGAGAGGAGAGAAUGGAAAUGUUUCAUGAGAGAACGGAGGCACCGACAUCCUGAAGGUUUCACCCACGACUCGCCUUCACACCGCGUCUCUUAUGGCAAAUCGUGACAAGAAUAAAAAGAUUCUUCUGGAACUGGUGAAGCUGCCGGAGAACAGUAGCUGUGCUGACUGCGGAGCUGCAGAGCCGGACUGGGCUUCAUACACCCUCGGCAUAUUCGUUUGCUUGAACUGCUCCGGAACUCAUCGCAAUCUAUCGAGUAUAAGCCGGAUAAAAUCCAUCCGCUUAGACUUCUGGGAUGAUGACCUCGUGCAGUUCAUGAAAGCUCACGGAAAUCAAUCAGCCAAGGACGUCUACGAGAAAUUCGUUCCCGUCUUCUAUUACCAGCCACAGCAACAUGACUGUGACGUUCUAAGGGAACAGUGGAUCAGAGCCAAGUAUGAAAGACAGGAGUUUGCAGAACAAAAUAUACUCAGAGCCUACUCAUCAGGCGUCUAUGAAGGAGUGCUGUGGAAGAAGGGGAAGGACAAAGGACAGUUUCUGAAGAGGAAGUUCGUUCUAUCAGAGCAAGACUUCACUCUAAAAUAUUAUAAGGAGGAUGAAUCUAAAGGGCCGAAGGCUGUUAUCUCUGUACAAAGCCUGAACGCCACCUUUCAGCCACAGAAAAUUGGACAUGCUCACGGCCUUCAGAUCACUUAUUCGGUGGACGACCACACCCGAAAUCUCUUUGUUUAUCAUGAAAGUGGUCAGGAAAUCGUGAACUGGUUCAACGCGAUAAGGGCUACACGGUUUGUUUACCUGAAGACAGCGUUUCCGACAGCCAGUAACGCAGAGCUGCUGCCAUGGACCACCAGAAACUUCCUUAAAGAGGGAUACAUGGAAAAAACUGGACCUUCGCAACGAGAGCCUUUCAAGAAGAGAUGGUUCAUCUUGGACAGCCUAGAAAGAAAGCUUCUCUAUUUUAAAACCGAGCUGGAUGCUGUGGAGCUUGGUGUCAUUUUCAUUGGGACAGAGAAUCAUGGGUACUCAGUGAGUGAGUAUAUGCCCAAGGGGACCAGAGGGAAUAAAUGGAAGUUUGCGAUUUCAGUGGAGACACCGGACCGCCAGUUCAUCUUCAUGUGCGAGCAGGAGCGGGAGCGAAAGGAGUGGGUGGAGAGCCUGAGACAGGUCAUCUCGAAGCCUAUGCUUCCUCAAGAUUACACCACAGAGGCCAACAUCCGCCGAAGAAAAUGAUCCUUGAAACAUCAAAAUGGACUCCAGCACUGUGCUGUUUAUAACAAAACCAGCUGGAUGGUAACACGCAGUAUAUAUGAAUAUGAAUGAAAUGCAGAACCAGAACCUUUUUAUAGUAUACUCUGAGUACCGCGCUCAGCUGUACUUUAAACGGUUAAUGAGUUCAGCUUUCAUGAAAUGGUUUACAUAAGGCAGCCCACUUGUUCUACACACAGAACCUACAGGGUAACCUGACAUGAGCCCAGACACUGGAGGUGCUUUUAUAUAUACAGUGUCUACUUGAAUUGGUGGAGUUUGUUUGUGCAAGUGAGGACAAAACGAUAGCUCUGGAGUCUGGAGUGAGCAAGGUACCCUCUGUCUGGAUGUAAAUGCUUUGUGUUUUGGACCGCGGACCAGAUUUUUUGUAAAUGUGAGGCACUAAACUGACCUGCAUGUCACUAAGGACUAAGCUGCAGAGCUGCAUAUGUGGACUUUAGAAGAAACAGAGAAAAUAAGUAGUGGGUGCUUACACAUCAAGUUUUUUAUGUUAUUUUUAUAAUUAUUUUGUAAUUUAUUAAGCGCUGGCGCAAUGCUCUCUGUGCUUUUCACACUUGACAAUGAUUUAUUUAUCUUUUUAUUCAUAUGAAAAUGUUUUCCGACAUACAAUCCCCUAUUUUUUAGUUAUUUUUUGGUCCAAACAACUUGAAGGACUUGCAGGACAGACAAAUAGAUGAGACAGUGUCCUGGAAGGCCACAAAGAAUUGCAUAUUGGGUGUUUUUGUAUAUGUGUUCAUUUUGUUCUAUUUUUAACACAAAAAAUAACAAAAACCACACCUCAAUUCUUCAUGUUAAAAUUUUUUAUAUAAGAACCUCAGCAGCGACCUCAUUUCCUCUCUCGUCUGUUCCAACCCCUCAGCAUUCAGCACCACAGUUACUAACCACCUCCUGAUCAUCUGUCAUCAUCUGCACCUGUUUCUCACAGGACUUUUGACCUCGUUUGGGAGCAAAUCCACACACAUUUAACUGACUGCUCGAGAGAGAGAGAGAGAGAGAGAGAGAGAGAGAGACUGCUUGUUAAUACAAGAGGGGCCCAAAAAAAUUAUACACACUUUAACAUGAAAAAUAUACGUCUCUCUUCUGACGAUCACAUGAUCGCAUCAAUGAUGGUGCGACUACUGACAUCUUCACAGGAAACAUAACACAAGACACUGCUGCAAUAGUUCAAUUUAAGGUCUAAAAAAGGCCAUAGACAACAACUGUCAUGGUGUGUAUACUUUUUUUUUGGCCCCUUUUUUUUGUAUAUCAGCCCCAGUUUUUUGUUCUCAUACCAUAACAUACCCACAUGCUACAACGCUAUAUUAAAAAAUCUGACUCAUUUAAGAAA